AUGGAUACAAACUAUCAUCGCCUCGGUGAUCUCGGGGCUACUAUCAUCCCUCGCCGUUACAGUGACACUUUCUGGAUCAUGAUCAGGGAUUUGAUAUUACUGACUAGGGCGAAUUCCCGAGAAGUAACAAGGUCUUCAAAGCUGUGCUGGUCAAGUUGAAGAAAGACGGGAGAGGAAAUGUGAAGCACAAGGAUGUCAUCCGGUAUCAGACAUGCAGAAGACUAGGCAAGCAGCGAGUUGGACUGCAGCACUCCAGCUGGUCUGCAAAAUAAGGUUUUUGUAGACAUCAUGACCUUUUUCUGUAAUCAGGGAUGGGAGAACAUCCGAUCAAUGAAGCCCUCCCAUUUCACGGUUACAACUGAUGAAAAUGGACGUCGGUAUAUGUCAAAGAGAGAUUGUCUGACAAAGAAUAACAGGGAAGAUGAAGAUGACUCGUCAAACUGUGGGUUAAUGUACGAGAUGCCCAUGAAUGACAAAUGCCCUGUAAAGUCGUACUUGAUGUACGUCUCAAAGUUGAACUCAAAGUGCACUUUUCUGUGGCAGAAACCUAAGAGUAAAGCCCCACAACAAGAUGGAGCCCCAGGGUACGAUAGCAGUCCUGUUGGUGUAAAUACCAUUGCCAACAAGGUGAAGGAGAUUUCCAAGAAGGCAGGGUGCAAGCAGACGUACACCAACCAUCAUUUGAGAGCUAUAUGCAUCUCAUCUCUCGACGGUGCAGGAUUUGAAACACGAGAUAUCAUGAGGAUGAGUGGUCAUCGCAGUGCGAGUUCGCUGAAACACUACAGCACGACAAGUGAGAAAAGAAAGAGAGGGAUGAGCGGUCAGCUGUCAUAGCAGCUAUGUUACAAGUCACCGUCCUCAAACUCAAAGUCUAGGUGUAGCUCUAAAUCCUCCCACUACUACUACUAGUCCUAGUUCUACAAGUGGGCGCAGCCUUGCAGUUCACAAUCUUACUCACAGUCCUCCACAUCAAACAGUGACAAUCAAAAGUUCACAGGGUACGACUACUAA